AUGCCAGGUAAAGGAUACGGCAAUGAUGUAGCUCAAAGAUUCGAACAUAGCCACAUGACGAAUGCAGAGAGCAUAAAGAUGGAGCAUGAGAAGAAAGUGGAGCAAGUAAGAAGGCUUGAGAUGAAGAGAGCUGACUAUGUCAAAACCGAAAAGGCAAAGAAAGACGUUGAGAAGUUAGAGUCUCAGCUCACUGUGUCUUCCCAAGCCAUACAAAGCGCCUCUUACGAGAUCAUCAAGCUCAGAGAGACUGAACUCUACCCCUAG